GUACGCAUAUCCUGUGACGUCAUAUAUGCGUGCAAUGGCUGUUACAUCACUAAAGGGACGCCUGGUCAUUUCCUUCCUACGUGGGAUUUGAAACCCCAGAGAUUCCGAACGCUGAAAGCUGAAUUUAUUGACUGUUUAACUCGAGUAACUUUACUUUUUAUAUACAGUCAAAAUGUCUACAUACGAAGAGAACGAGUCCAAAUUUAUGAGAAAAGCCAAGGAGAAUCCAUUUGUUCCUGUGGGAAUGGCUGGCUUCUUCGCAAUCGUUGGCUACAGACUGUGGAAAAUGAAAAGCCGUGGAGACACAAAAAUGUCAGUGCACCUGAUCCACAUGCGCGUGGCCGCACAAGGCUUCGUAGUGGGAGCCAUGACUGUUGGUGUCUUGUUUUCAAUGUACAGGGAUUUCUUUGCAAAGCCAGUAGAAAAACAGAACACGUUGGAUUCCAAGUGAACGUGGGCUCCUCAUUUAACGACCCUUAAUAUUACCUCACGUUAAGGUGUGUACAAGGUUUAUAUUUAAAGAUGGGUUGUGCUGUUUUAUGUACACAUCCUUUCCAAUAGUGCACCUCAGCUGUGAAGAAUUAACAUUUAUUGAUUCGACUUCUGAUCCAUGAUUAUGACUUCUGAUUAUUUAGUUAUGGUAAUGUUUUAACAGGACUUUUUGAAUGGUGGGGUGAUAUUAAAUUAUAUGUGAAAUAUAUUUAUAGAUAUGAAAGUGUAUUUAUAAAUACUAGCACUAUUAUUUCCUUUAUUUGUGGUAUUGUCUCAAACAAGAUAUCCAUUUCAACAUACUGCUAUGAUAAUUUAGGAUUUUUGCCAGAUAAAAUCCCUUUGUUCAAACCAGCAGAACAUAAAAUAAAAGUAUCAUUGUUUUAUUUAAGUACAUUUACUCAGACAUCAAAUGUGAUUUUAUCCAUUCAAGAGUAACAGACUGAAUUGUAACAGUUCUUGAAAUGGUAUCAGUAACAAGAAUUAUAAUACAAGUGAAGCUUCAUGAGCAAACACUAACUGCAUUAUAAAACUAUAGCUUGUUUAUCUAUAUUGCACACCCAGCUCGAUGAUACACAGAAAGUAAGGCCUUAUAUCACAAACAUAGCUAUUUUAAUUAUAUAAGUACACUGUUUCUGUAUUUGACAUGUAUGUUUUUGUUUUAUUGAAAAAUAAAUGAGCAUCAAAGCUA